AUGGACUAUGAGGAGCUGGAGGACAGCCCCCAAUACGAGGACGGUGAUGAAGAGGAAGAUGACCCGGAACCCCCCCGGCCUCCUGCUCCUCCACCAAUCAGCUCAGGGCCCUGGUUCUGCUCCCAUCACAGUGAUAUCAGCGAGGCGAGAGCCUGCCACACCCCGACCAGCGCCACCCUGCCCGACUGUUCUGUCCAGUGUGGACCAUCCCAAAACCAGGGCCACCCUGCCCGACUGUUCUGUCCAGUGUGGACCAUCCCAAAACCAGGGCCACCCCGCCCGACUGUUCUGUCCAGUGUGGACCAUCCCAAAACCAGGGCCACCCCGCCCGACUGUUCUGUCCAGUGUGGACCAUCCCAAAACCAGCGCCACCCUGCCCGACUGUUCUGUCCAGUGUGGACCAUCCCAAAACCAGGGCCACCCUGCCCGACUGUUCUGUCCAGUGUGGACCAUCCCAAAACCAGCGCCACCCUGCCCGACUGUUCUGUCCAGUGUGGACCAUCCCAAAACCAGGGCCACCCUGCCCGUCUGUUCUGUCCAGUGUGGACCAUCCCAAAACCAGGGCCACCCUGCCCGACUGUUCUGUCCAGUGUGGACCAUCCCAAAACCAGCGCCACCCUGCCCGACUGUUCUGUCCAGUGUGGACCAUCCCAAAACCAGCGCCACCCUGCCCGACUGUUCUGUCCAGUGUGGACCAUCCCAAAACCAGGGCCACCCUGCCCGACUGUUCUGUCCAGUGUGGACCAUCCCAAAACCAGCGCCACCCCGCCCGACUGUUCUGUCCAGUGUGGACCAUCCCAAAACCAGGGCCACCCUGCCCGACUGUUCUGUCCAGUGUGGACCAUCCCAAAACCAGGGCCACCCCGCCCGACUGUUCUGUCCAGUGUGGACCAUCCCAAAACCAGGGCCACCCCGCCCGACUGUUCUGUCCAGUGUGGACCAUCCCAAAACCAGGGCCACCCCGCCCGACUGUUCUGUCCAGUGUGGACCAUCCCAAAACCAGGGCCACCCCGCCCGACUGUUCUGCCCAGUGUGGACCAUCCCAAAACCAGCGCCACCCUGCCCGACUGUUCUGUCCAGUGUGGACCAUCCCAAAACCAGCGCCACCCUGCCCGACUGUUCUGUCCAGUGUGGACCAUCCCAAAACCAGGGCCACCCUGCCCGUCUGUUCUGUCCAGUGUGGACCAUCCCAAAACCAGCGCCACCCUGCCCGACUGUUCUGUCCAGUGUGGACCAUCCCAAAACCAGCGCCACCCUGCCCGACUGUUCUGUCCAGUGUGGACCAUCCCAAAACCAGGGCCACCCUGCCCGACUGUUCUGUCCAGUGUGGACCAUCCCAAAACCAGGGCCACCCCGCCCGACUGUUCUGCCCAGUGUGGACCAUCCCAAAACCAGCGCCACCCUGCCCGACUGUUCUGUCCAGUGUGGACCAUCCCAAAACCAGCGCCACCCUGCCCGACUGUUCUGUCCAGUGUGGACCAUCCCAAAACCAGGGCCACCCUGCCCGACUGUUCUGUCCAGUGUGGACCAUCCCAAAACCAGGGCCACCCCGCCCGACUGUUCUGUCCAGUGUGGACCAUCCCAAAACCAGCGCCACCCUGCCCGACUGUUCUGUCCAGUGUGGACCAUCCCAAAACCAGCGCCACCCCGCCCGACUGUUCUGUCCAGUGUGGACCAUCCCAAAACCAGGGCCACCCUGCCCGACUGUUCUGUCCAGUGUGGACCAUCCCAAAACCAGCGCCACCCCGACCGACUGCUCUGUCUAGUGUGGACCAUCCCAAAACCAGCGCCACCCUGCCCGACUGUUCUGUCCAGUGUGGACCAUCCCAAAACCAGCGCCACCCUGCCCGACUGUUUUGUCCAGGGUGGACCAACCCCAAACCAGGGCCACCCUGCCCGACUGUUCUGUCCAGUGUGGACCAUCCCAAAACCAGCGCCACCCUGCCCGACUGCUCUGUCCAGUGUGGACCAUCCCAAAACCAGCGCCACCCUGCCCGACUGUUCUGUCCAGUGUGGACCAUCCCAAAACCAGCGCCACCCUGCCCGACUGUUCUGUCCAGUGUGGACCAUCCCAAAACCAGCGCCACCCUGCCCGACUGUUCUGUCCA